CUUCUCUUCGAAUCCCCUCUGAUUUGAAGUUUCUCCCAGCAACUGCAAGCAAAUUCAACUUUACGAAACUCUUUCACACAACAUCUCAACCUCACUACAAAAUGGAUUCCUUCCAGCAGCAGCAACAGCAGCAGCCCCGUGGCGCUUGCUACUCUUGCGGUUCUACCGCUCACCAGGCUCGCGACUGCCCCACUAAGGGUCCUGCCAAGUGCUACAACUGUGGCGGCGAGGGCCACAUGAGCCGUGACUGCACUGAGCCCAUGAAGGACAACAAGUCCUGCUACAAGUGCGGCCAGCCCGGCCACAUCUCUCGCGACUGCCCCAUGAGCGGCGGCAGCGGCCAGGCCACCGAGUGCUACAAGUGUGGUGAGAUCGGCCACAUUGCCCGCAACUGCAACAAGUCUUCCUACGGUAACAACUACGGUGGUGGUUUCCAGCAGCAGGGCGGUGCCGGCAAGACCUGCUACUCUUGCGGAGGUUUCGGCCACAUGUCUCGCGAGUGUGUCAACGGCAUGAAGUGCUACAACUGCGGCGAGUCUGGCCACUACUCCCGUGACUGCCCCAAGGAGUCCGCUGGUGGUGAGAAGAUCUGCUACAAGUGCCAGCAGCCUGGACACGUCCAGUCUCAGUGCCCCGGCAACUAAAAUGGUGACUCGAUUUCUCAGCAUAACGACUGAGGCGAGAAGGACGUGGCGACCUGUUGAUACCCACGGACGAUAUUUUCCUAGUUCUCUUAUGGCAUUUCCACAAAAGUUCAUUUCCUCACACGACUUUAAUGAUCAUCACGGCAGAAUGGCGGCUCACAAAAACACAACGUGCGCGAUCCUCGACGACGGCUGACGGCGCUCAGCCUUGAUUGGAACAUAUCAGCAUUGGAUUUCGUCACCGAACGGACGGACGACUACGACCAUACAUACGACUCAACUUUGAGAGAAAAUGGUGACGGGUGGAGAGUGACGAGAUCAAAAAAAGGUUAUCUGGUGGCUUGUUGGUGGAGAGCCCAAGCUCAGCAGAGCUGGGUGUGCUCCUUUGGUAGUCAAGUCGAGAUGAAAAGUGUUGAUCCCG